UAGUGAGCUUCCUCUCUACAAAAUGACUGACAACGAAGAUAGUGGAUUUAUCGACCCCGAUUUCAUGCCAAAAGCAAUGAACUCAGUUGAUUCAGGAGAAAGUUUUAAAGAAGUCAAUCUAAAAAUCUUCCUGUUCUUCAAUCCAGGAGGUCAUGCAGAUGCAGUGAAGAAGGUGCUGAAGAACAAGCUAAAAAUUAACAUUAUUGUCAACUCCAACAUCUUAUGAAAAGAACUGAUACAGUAUGCUCUAAAUGAAUACAAUUCUGCACUUGAGAGCGAAGAAAGCCAAUACUAUCUCGAAGAUUCUUCAGAUAGUAUUGAUAAAUGCUAUGAGCUCUGAUAUCCAGACGAUGACGAAACUGGAGAGCCUGAUGAAGACCUCCCUACUUUUGCUAUGGAUCAAAAUGUGUCAACGAUUGGAGAGAAAUCCUUUACUCUUUUGGUGGCCAAUCCUAAGCUUGCUAUCAAGAAUCAAGACUGAGAUCUCCAUCCAAAUAUCCAAGAUCCUGAAGGGGAGGCUGAUGCUACUAAGACUACAGCUAAUGAGAAGUCUUCAGGGACUUUUAAGAGAAUCAAUUCUCUUGGAUAUUUAGUUACUAUCAAAGAGGACGAAUCAAGCACUAAUAAGACUAAAAGUGAUGAGAUUAUCUACCACAAAAGCACCCAGACUUGUUGCAAAUGUACCAUAUUCUAACUCUAUACUUAACCAAGUAUCUAGAGUCUAUGUGGGCAAACUGAAGCCUUAAAGCAAGGCUUGGCAUGGAGAAUUCCUAAAACCUUUAUCAUAUAAAUCUUUUCUUGCC